AAGGCCCGAUGGUCUUUGACCAAUCAGGCCCCUGGGCGUCUGGCUGAUUAAUCUUCUUAUUCGAUCCAUGUGACCAGCGACGGUUCCAGCCACGAUCGCGCGACCAACGACUUCGGAAACCCUUUUUGUGGUGCUGAUUCCUCUUCUUAUUCGAUCCAUGUGACCAGCGACGGUUCCAGCCACGAUCGCGCGACCAACGACAUCGGAGACCCUUCUUUUCCUUUGAGACGGCGACGGCGUCCAUGUGCACCGACGGAAGAAGUGAGCUGCGGCAACAACAGAUCUUGACAAUAGAUUCCGAGGCAUGACCCGAGCACCAGCAACCUUGUUGAGUUCCAGCUACGUCCGGGCUAUGGAAAACAGGUCCUAGGCGGUAGCUGCAUAUUCUAUUGACUCUGACAGAGUCCGGGAAGCAGUGACAAUUUUCGUGAAUGCCAUCAGCGCUCUGACGACCCUCCGAGAAUGCUCGUCUACUAGUUUGACACAUAUGGGAAUUGGUCUUUCUGUUCUGAUGGGCACUCGAAUAUGAGCUGUUGCCAGAUUUACUUGACAUUUCAUACUGAUAGCACAAUUAGUGAAGAUGGUUUUUCUAACUACUAUAGGUAAUCAAUUGAUUAUGAAAUUAUUAUACCGUGCGCUAGCUUUGCAUGUUCAUUUGAUCUCAUCUUUUGUUUCAAGUCUUUCUAGACCUGUGGAAGGUGUUUAUGUAUUUUCUUUGUCUCAUUUUCUUUUAUAUGACCAAGAAUGUUUCAUAAGUCAAAGAAAGCUACACUGAGAUGAAUGUUAGAGCAGGAAGCUCAAUUGUAGAAAGCCAUCUAGAAACACAAUAGAAGGUUAAGAGAUUUGAAACUUAUGGAUGAGAAGAAUACUAACGAAGGUAGCUGUGAUGAGUUCCAUACUGGCUCUUCGUCCAUCCUUCCACUAUUUCAGUAACCAAACCAUCUUAAAUUCCGUCAUCAAGUUACAUCAGGUUAGUUCUUUAUAGUCUCCUUUUGCAUUUUACUAGAGAUUAAAUUACCAUCUAUGCUUUGCUCUAUGUUUAAGUUUUUUAUCUUCUUUGUUUGAAAAUUGGAAGAAAUGAGAUUUUUUCUUCUUUGAGUUAUAUUCUUUGUUUAUCUUCUGUGUUGAAUCUUUGGUUGGACUAUUGGAGACUUGAUAGAUUUGUAAAAUCAAUACGAAGUAUUCUUCUGUGUACUCUGUAUACUGAGGUAAUUCUGUGAGGUACUCUAUACAAGCAUUCUUUUGUGUUUAUCUUCUAUGCUUGUAAAAUAUGUUCAAAGUAGUAAUUUGACAAAUUUGUAGUAAUGGUCUGAUAAGGUUUGGCCUCAGAUGUGUGUAACUAAGAGCAUGAAGAAACAAAAGAGAGACUCAAAAAUUUAGAAUAUGUAGUAUCAUUGCUUUUAAAUACCCUCCGGUUAGUGUCUAUUUAUCGUUGUUAACUACCCAUAUUUCAUUUGAUUUUUGUUUAGUUCAUUAUAUAGUUUAAAGUUAUGCCACCUAACAUGAGUGUAAGGUAAAUUUGGUGCAAAAUUUGUAAUUACGUUAUCAUGUGCUUAUAUUUUUUUGAAAAAUGCUAGGGGUACACCUUUGGUGUAUCCCAUUUGUCCCCCACCCCCUCCUCCACCACAUAAAUGGGCAAAACCUUUUUAAAAAAUUAAAUAAAUAAAAAUUAAAUAAAAAUGGGUGGUGGUGAAGGGGUGGGGGACAAGUGAGGUACACCAAAGGUGUACCCCUAGCAUUGCUCAAUUUUUUUUGCAUAGGGUUCAAUGGCUAAUCAAUCUAAAAUCGAUGGCCUUAUAGUAAUACAACCACUGAGAAAAGUCAUGAUGAGGAUCGAUGGAACAAAGAUGAUAAAGCUGAGAGCGAUGAACUUGAAGAUAUAGACAGUGCAUUAAAGCUUUGGACUAUAUUUUCCAUAUCAAUGCGUAUUUUAAUUUAGUUCACUUUGACUGUUUAUACUUUAGCGCAAAUGAUGAACUAAUUUUGAGAUAUUGGUUUACUUUCUAGUAAAUGGGUUAGUUGUAACUCUUUGAAAUGUUAUUUCGGCAAUUGAAUAAGUCUCGUACACUGUAAUUCAUCGCAAUUGAAUAGCCCCGAUUCCUCUUGAUUUUCUUGUGUUAUUGAUACGACCUUUUGAGCUCUUUGACCGUUUUGGACCAAGGAAUCCCUUCCUCAAUUUAAUUUCCUUAUUACGGUGCUAAAUUGGACAAGAAUCGCAUGUCAACCAUCUCGGUGUACUGUUCAUCCGCGACAAUUGUUGGUUCAAUCAACCUCUGUUCAAGCUCGUUUCGAAGGAAAUUUGUGGAGGAUUAUGGGCGACUUGGGAUGCUCAUUCAAGGGCUAAAGCUGGAUUUCCAUUCCAAUUGAUGCUUCCUUCGAUUUGAGCCAAUCUUAGAUUUUGUCACUGUUCAUCAGUGGUGGGGUAUGUCGGGCUGGGGGCAUAGGUGGGGCUGCCGGCGGUAGUGGAGUGGCGACAAUGGUGAGGAGAAAGGAGCAGGAUACCUCGGAUAUGAUGAGACCGCCGUGGCUUCGGUGCAGGGGGCUGGGGAAGAUGGUCGGAGAAAUGAGCGGUGGUGUGGCGGGCGGCAAUGGAAGGGCUGGCGGCAACAUUUGGGACUAUGUCAUGGAGGAGCUGGCGGCAACAAUUGGGACUGGGUCAGGGCUGCGUAAUCUUCUCUCUUUCUCGACCAUAUCGGCGCUCAGAGUUUGAUUUCACUCUUCUCUGAUUCUCUUUCUCGUUCCCUCUAUGUUCUCUUAAUUUCUUUAUUUAUUCUAUUAAUUUUUUUAGAUGGUUUUUUGUUUUGCAAUUUUCUUGAUCUAAUGGUUUAUUUCAUGAUUUGUUAUUCGGCAUAUUAGAUCACCGGAUCCAUUUUUGCUAGGUAUAUAUUCUGAAUUUAUAUGUAGAUCUUUAGAUCGAUUCAUAUAUAUUGACAUGAAUGAAUUUCUCCAAUAUUGAUAUGCACGCUUUCAGAGUAAAUAUUUCAAAAAACUAUUUAGAUUGGC